AUGAGAAAUGGCAUUCGUCGAACAUGGGGCAAUGUUGACGUAUUACAAAAAUAUUCUAAACUCAACAUUAAGUUAUUAUUUCUUGUUGAUAUUGACGAAAUGAGACUAUUACGAGUGAAAUUAGAAAAUCAGUUAUUCAACGAUAUUGUUCAAGUACAUCUACCGGAAUAUUAUGAACUUGUAACCUAUAGGGAUGCAGCCAUAUUCGAUUAUUCAGCUAGAUAUUGUUCUCUGGCGAAAUAUAUAUUCAAGACAGACGAUGAUGUUUUCAUUAACUCGUUAUUAUUGGCCAAAUUUGUAUCUCAAUUAAACCGAACAAAGAGAGAAUCAACAAUCGUAAAAUGCUCGAAUGAUUUGUUCAAUGACGAGCCACUGGUCAUGUAUGGACAUCCAAUUUAUAAUUCAGUCGUUUUUCGUGAUACGAAUCAUCCUGUUAAUAAACGAUACGUUGUCACGCUAAACGAAUAUAAAUGUAAUAUGUAUCCAACGUUUCUGAGCGGGUUUGGUUAUUUAGUACCGGCAAAUGUUCGAUCACUAUUAUUAUGCACCUUUUAUCGUGAUCCGAAACCAUUUCACUUGUCGGAUGUUUAUUUCACGGCAUUAUUAGGUGAGUAUUUAAAUAUUAGAAGAGAACAAAUGUCUAAUUUCAACUAUCGAAUUGAUGAAGGAUGCAAACGAUUUUUAAGUAAACAAGAUUCAAUAGCGUGUGGAACAGGAUCACACUUCAAUGAUAACAGUGAUGAUCUAAUGAAUAAUUAUAAUCUUUAUUGGACAAAAAUAAUGGAAAAUAAUAAAUUACUCUAA